UCGUACAUUCUGUUCUACAUCUUCUGUUCGUCUGUUUUCUUGAAGUGACUGAAGUAAAAUGUCGGCCGUAACAUCUCUGAAAGUUUGAUGCAUUGUUCUAGAUACAUUUUCUCAUAAUUCUUAUUAAGUGAUUUUAUUAACAUGGCUAGAAACUCUGUAUCGUUGAAAAACGAUUUCGUGGUUGGAGGAAAAUAUCGUUUGAUACGAAAAAUUGGUAGUGGUUCGUUUGGUGAAAUCUACCUCGGAAUAAAUAUCACGAACGGAGAGGAAGUAGCUGUUAAAUUAGAACCAAUCAGGGCCAGACAUCCUCAACUUUUAUAUGAGAGUAAACUCUACAAAGUUUUGCACGGUGGCGUAGGAAUUCCUCACAUACGAUGGUAUGGUCAAGAGCAAGAUUUCAAUGUAUUGGUGAUGGAGCUUCUAGGUCCAUCUUUAGAAGAUUUAUUCAAUUUCUGUUCAAGACGUUUUACACUAAAAACAGUUCUGAUGUUAGCUGAUCAAAUGAUCGGACGCAUAGAGUAUGUCCAUGGCAAAUGUUUUAUUCACCGUGAUAUUAAGCCUGAUAAUUUUCUUAUGGGAAUCGGAAGACACUGUAAUAAAUUGUUCCUGAUCGAUUUUGGACUGGCUAAAAAAUAUAGAGAUAUUCACACACGACAGCACAUUACUUAUCGGGAAGAUAAAAACUUAACCGGAACUGCGCGCUAUGCCUCGAUUAAUGCGCAUCUUGGCAUUGAACAAAGCCGGCGUGAUGAUAUGGAAUCGCUAGGCUACGUCAUGAUGUAUUUCAACAGAGGCAGUUUACCCUGGCAAGGUUUGAAGGCUGCCACCAAGAAACAGAAGUAUGAAAAAAUUAGUGAAAAGAAAAUGUCUACACCCGUUGAAAUUUUAUGCCGGGGAUUCCCUGCAGAAUUUGCCAUGUAUUUGAACUACUGUAGAGGCCUUCGUUUUGAAGAAGCUCCUGACUAUAUGUACUUGAGGCAAUUAUUCCGUAUCUUGUUCCGAACGCUGAAUCAUCAGUUUGAUUACUUAUUCGACUGGACAAUGUUAAAACAGAAGAAUCCUACUGGUUCGUCAGUGAGCACAAGUGCAGGUGCUGGCAUAAGCGCUGCAGCGGCAGCAUCAGCCGUUGCAGCUGCCGCAGCAGCCAAACACCAGGCUUAUAAAAAUGUCAUGGAAGAGUCAAUGUUGGCUUCAAAUACGCCUCAAGGUAAAAAGAAAAUGGAAUCCUAAAGAGAAAGUUGUUAGCUGUUAUCAAUUAUAAUCAUGGUAAUCGUUGAGGUUGAGGAUGCAAAGAAAUGGAAGUUUUCGAAAUUCAACAAUAGUUCAUGAACAUAACUUCUGAAUAUUGUGUGGAAUUCAUCUAUUUUUUUCUUUCUCUGGAUUGGGUCAAUUCAGUUUGAUUUUUCCUUUUGGUAAAAUUUCUGUUAUUGCAUUAAACUCGCCCUAAGGUUUUUUCCUGCAUCGUUUUGUUAACAAAAUGCACGUAUUCCUCUCAUCAGAAUUGUUAUAUAUGUAAAGCAAAAUGAACUUGAAUCUAAUUUUUUAUUUAUCAUCAUUAUUUUUAGCCCUCUCAUCUUCUAUUUUUCUUUCAUGAAGUUCACUGCCUUCAUCAAUCCUGUAUGCCUAAUGCUAAAAGGCUCUCCAGCUUCUGCCUUUCAGAAGAAGUUCAGAAAUUGAGUUUAAAAAAGUAGAAAAUGAAAAUAAAAAAAAUAAAAGUGAAACUCCAAAAAGAAUCUUGUGCUGGGUCUGACAAUGUAACAGUUAGCCGUGACGAUUCUUGGGAGAUAUUCCUCUCUAGCAAACAUGGUACCUAUGAACCCAAAGCAUAGUUGAAAGGAUGGAUACAGUACAAACGUUGGCAGUCAACAUGUUGCUUUCCUCUUUUAUUGUAACUUUUCUUUUCUAUUUUGUUUUAAUUUAGGUUGGAUCUUAUUAGUUCUAGUGUUAAUAAUACCACCAAUUUUUUUUCUGUCACAACAAGAAGAACACAAAAGAACUCGAGUAAAUUUACUGCUCCUAAAUUUCUAAUUGUUUGUUUCAUUGUGCUCAGUUGAGUUUAAAGUUAAUUUUCUCGGUGACUCAUCCUUUUAUGCCUUAAAAUCGAUGGCUGUUGCUAUUAAAGUUAAUUUCUCACUCCAGAGUUCUUUGAUGUAGGUCUCAUCUAGACCUUGACAUGAAUAAAAGUGAGGGAAAGGAUAAGAAAUAGUCCCUUUUACUGUAAUCUAUUCAAAACAUAAAGUUUGAAAUGUUCAAUCAUGAGAUUGGCUCUUCAACUAAUUUACUGGCUGACAGGAUUUAUUAGUUAACAAUGCUUCUUUACAUGUUUUCCCCUCAUCAUAGGACUUUAAUUUGUACUUUGUCCUUUUCUUCUGUAUUAUUUUGCAAAUUCAUCAUUUUUAAUAAAAAAAGAAGUAAAACUUGGAA